GUCUUGACAUAACCCGUUAGAACAGCGGUGCUCACAUUAUGGCCUGUUUGGUGCCUGCCGGUGUGAUUUCCACCACAACCCUUCCGCAUUUUCCUGCUGCUCUCGGGCUGUGACGUGUCGUGCUGACGGCGGCCUCGGAGCUGGAGGAGCAGGGGGCUGUAGCAUGACAAGAACUGGCUCGAGACGUCCUGCUUUGCUUUCAGCCGAGCUCCAGAAACAACCCAUAACCCCUCCUUCUCCGCUCCUCUCCGGCCCGCCCAAAUAACACAAAAUUCCCGACUGAAUCCAGCCCGAGUCUGGGGGAACCAGGCGGCCUGGGAAGCCGAGGUGUGGACGGAGGCCAUCCCUGCAGCAUACAUCUGUGCUCCACUAACAAAUGCAGUGUGAGGACAAUGGAUGAGCAUGUCACCAGGCUAUCAAUACAUUCUGAAGAGCCUAAAAUAAUAUUACACGGAUCGGAUGAGGGUGGUGCCGGCGGGCAGGAGUUUGUUGUGGAGCUUCAAGAGACAGUGUUGGUGUCCGAAGGCGAGGGCGAAGGCGAAGGCAUGGCGGUUCACAGGUUCGCGCCAGACGAGCUCGUCAUCCAGGACGCUGUCGAGGAUGUGGUAUCUGAGUAUGUGCACUGCGAUGAAGACGAGGACGUAGCAGUGGAAACCUGCGUGAUGGCUCUUGACGGCGAUGAGGAAGGAGUUGCCAUGGGAGACAUCCCUGAAGAUGGGCUGGACCCUGAGGAGCAGGACGACGACGACCAAGAUGGCUGCGGGGAUUAUCUCAUGAUAUCCUUGGACGAAGCUGGCAAAAUGGUGUCCGAGGAUGGAACAGAGGUCACAGUGGAGGGAGCUGUGGAGGACCAGGAAGUGGAGAAGGAUGAGGAUGGGCAGGAAGUGAUAAAGGUCUACAUCUUCAAGGCUGAUUCUGGCGAGGAUGACAUGGGAGAAUCGGUUGACAUCAGCGACGGAGACACGGAGAGUGUGGCGUUAACAGAGUCUUCAGGCCUCCGAGAGAAAAUGGUCUACAUGUCUGUCGGGGAUUCUCAUCACAAUCAAGGAAACCACGGUGGGUCCAAAGUUUAUAUAGAAGUGGUGGGAUACCCAGUAACUCAUGACCACUUGUGUGACAGUGUGUCUCUAAGCAAGGACUUCAUGCCUCUGGCCUGUACGGCUGCUUAUGGUGCAGAUGAUAGCGAGAGUUGUGAAAACAGAAACGGUGCCGCCAGCGCUCUGCUGCACAUCGAUGAGUCUGACGGGGUGGAUGAGAUCAACAGACAACGCAACAAGAGCAGGAGACGGUCGGAGCCUCGCCAGGUGCAGACAGCCAUCAUCAUCGGCCCGUACGGUCAGCCUCUCACAGUUUACCCCUGCAUGCUCUGUGGUAAAAAGUUCAAGUCACGGGGUUUCCUUAAACGCCACACCAAGAAUCACCACCAGGAGGUUCUGACGAGGAAAAAGUACCAAUGUACAGACUGUGACUUCACCACCAACAAGAAAGCCAGCCUCCACAACCACAUGGAGGUACACGCGCUGAGCAGCAAGGCCCCUUUCGAGUGUGAAGUGUGCGGCAAGGAGUUCCACCAGCAGGCGGCGCUGUUCUCUCACAGAUUGCAGCACCACCACCGAGAGCCCAAGGGCCAGUCGCCCACAACGCCAAACAAAAUGCAUAAAUGCAAGUUCUGUGAAUAUGAAACGGCCGAGCAAGGGCUGCUCAACCGGCACCUGUUGGCCGUCCACAGUAAGAGCUUUCCCCACAUCUGUGUGGAAUGUGGAAAAGGCUUUCGACACCCUUCGGAGCUGAAGAAACACAUGCGCACGCACACGGGCGAGAAGCCCUACUCCUGCCUGUACUGCGACUACAAGUCGGCCGAUUCCUCCAAUCUCAAGACACACAUCAAAACUAAGCAUAGCAAAGAGAUGCCAUACAAAUGUGAGCGCUGUUUCCAGACCUUUGCCGAGGAGGAGGAGUUAAUGCAGCACGGACUAACGCACGAGGAGAAUAAGACCCACCAUUGUGCCCACUGUGAUCACAAAAGUUCCAACUCGAGUGACCUGAAACGCCAUAUCAUAUCCGUUCACACCAAGGACUAUCCACACAAAUGUGCCAUCUGUGGUAAAGGCUUCCACCGACCGUCUGAACUGAAGAAGCACUCGGUGUCGCACCGGACCAAGAAGCUUCAUCAGUGCCGCCACUGCAACUUCAAAAUUGCAGACCCUUUUGUUCUCAGUCGCCAUAUCUUGUCCGUGCACACAAAGGAGCAACAGUCCUCUCCUGAAAAGAGUGAGUCGGGUAAGAGGACAGAGACACACACUCCUGUUGUGUCGCCUAAAAAGUCUGCAGCCAGCGCGUCCAGCGCCGCUAGCCAGGCCAGCAGAGUCAGCGCAGCCAGCUUAGCCAGCAGUGUGACUGUCGUCAUUGGCAAAGGACAGAAAGAAAGGAGAAUCUACCAGUGCCAGUACUGCGACUACAGCACCGGGGACGCUUCGGGGUUCAAGCGGCACGUGAUCUCCAUUCACACAAAAGACUAUCCGCACCGCUGCGAGAUCUGUUCGAAAGGUUUCCGACGACCCUCUGAGAAGAACCAGCAUAUCAUACGCCACCACAAAGAUGUGGUGCAGGAGUGACUCUGACCGAGCCAAAAACUGUGCCACACAAAGAACAAUGUCGAAGCAACCAUCACACCCCAAACUCUGCACCCUCAGCACCACACAGGCCACGCUCAAACAAUGUGGCAUGUGUGGUGCUGCACUGAGUCCGUUCUGUUGUUUUGACCUUUUUUUGAUCGUCAGCCUAAUGUUUGUUCAGAAAUGUAUACACAUGUACAUAACACAAUGCUCUGUCCCGAGUUAGCAACAGAACCCCUCUGUAGACUUGCACUUUUAACUGCAUGUCCCUUUGCUGGUGACGGUGUGCAUGGCAGAUUGUGCAGAUGUCUCUUUGUAGAUAUACAUUUUUUUUAAUUUUCAGGCAGCAAUCAGUUGUCAAUCACAAUGGUCCUAAUUAUGUCUCAAGACUGUUCGAUUUGCAAAACGUUUGCAUGAUUUUGUCAUAAUUUACUCAACAAAGCAGUAUGGAUUAGCAACAUUCUCCCAGUAGCACAUCCUGGUGAACAUCAUGAUGAAUGCUGUAAUCAAGUUAUGUGUGAUAAGAAUCGUGUGUGUAUGAGCAGGCCUGUCACGAUAACUACUUUUAUUGGACAAUAUAUAAUCACGGAAAUUAUUUUAAUCAACAAUAUUGUAAUUUUAAAACUAUUUUAUGCCACUCUUAAAUAUAAUAUAUUGUAAUGCCCAUAUAGAAAGUUUAGACUUUGAAAUUUCAUUGUGAAAAAAUACUAAAAUAUCUUAAAUUGGAUAAACCACAACCAUAUCAAGCUCUGAUAGCAAAAUGAACUUUGCUCAAGUCUUAAAAUGGUAAUGAAAAACUCGCCAUUAAUUCUGGAUAUAAUGUUGGCGAUAUUCUUAUGUUAAAAAAACAUGUUUGUUGUGUUUAGCAAAAA